UAAGUGAGGCGAAUCUCUUUUGGCAGCUGAUGUCGAUUUAGAGGGUGGUUUUCUUUUUUUUUUUAGCGAGAGAGCGAGGGAAAGAGUGAGCGAGGGGGCGGGAGUCUCUCGCGCUCGCCUCGCGCAGCCUCACAGACGCUCGUGAAAUCAACACAAGGACGGUGUGCUUCCACAUCUUUCGCUUAUUUUCGGGAUUUUCUGGAUAGACAACACCGUAAUCGAUGCGAGGCCUUCUAACGGACAUUCGCCGCUGAUAUUACGCCCGCGUUUUUUCUGUUUUUGUCGUUUUUUCCCCCCGUCAGCGGAGCGUUCGUUGGAUUCGUUAUGAAUUCCAGCCCGCUUCCUAACGGCAGACUGCUACCGGACAGCCAGUGCUGGAACUCCUCCGGUUCCGACGAGGAUCUGGACGUCGAACCGGGACCCGGUCCGCACGGAGGGGUGGCGGAAUUCGGCGGGGUGCUCAGUAAGUGGACUAACUACAUUCACGGAUGGCAGGACCGCUGGGUCGUGCUGAAGAACAACACCUUGAGUUACUACAAAUCUCAGGACGAGCGCGAGUACGGCUGCCGCGGUUCCCUCUGCCUCAGCAAGGCUGUCAUCACACCUCAUGAGUUUGACGAGUGCCGGUUGGACAUCAGCGUCAAUGAUAGUGUGUGGUAUCUACGUGCUCAGGACCCAGAGCAUCGCAACCAAUGGAUCGAUUCCAUUGAGCAACACAGGGCUGAGUCUGGUUAUGGCUCUGAGUCCAGUUUGAGGAGACAUGGCUCCAUGCUGUCCCUCACAUCAGCCACCAGCGGAUACUCAGCCACCUCCACCUCCUCCUUUAAGAAGGGUCACAGUCUGCGGGAGAAGCUGGCAGAGAUGGAUACGUUUCGAGACAUCCUGUGCAGGCAGGUGGACACGCUGCAGAAAUUCUUCGACGGCUGCGCUGACGCCGUGACCAAAGACGAGCUCCAGAGAGACAAGAUCGUGGAGGACGAUGAAGAUGGUUUCCCUACCACUCGCUCCAAUGGAGAAUUCCUGCAUAACAACAACGGCAGCAAGGAGAAACUAUUCCAGUGUUUGAGUCAUAAAGGCAUUAAUGGGAUAGAUUUUAAAGGAGAGGCCAUCACGUUCAAGGCGACCACGGUGGGGAUCUUGGCUACGCUUUCUCACUGCAUCGACCUGAUGGUGAAGAGAGAGGACAGCUGGCAGAAGAGACUGGAUAAGGAGAUGGAGAAGAGGAGGAGGGUGGAGGAGGCGUAUAAAUCAGCCCUGUCCGAGCUGAAGAAGAAGUCUCAUUUUGGAGGGCCUGAUUACGAGGAGGGUCCAAACAGCCUGAUCAAUGAAGACGAGUUCUUUGAUGCUGUAGAGGCUGCUCUGGACCGACAGGACAAAAUAGAAGAACAGGUGUGUAAUUACAGACAUUCACCCUCGCUUUCACAGACAAGGCUAAAGCCUAGUCCAAGACUAAAAUUGACUUACCAGAACACUUUCACUGGCCGGAUAAUUCAGCCGUACCUCCUAACGAUCACUGGCGCACUCUUGUUUUUGUCUCUGUCUCCAGCUACUGUCGAAAACUUCAACAUCGUGGAGACGCUGUCCGAUACCGCCAUCAUCAUCUACCAGACUCAUAAGAGAGUGUGGCCAGCGUCCCAGAGAGACGUCUUGUACCUGUCUGCCAUUCGUAAGCUUAUAGCCAAUAACGAGAGCGAUCCAGACACAUGGCUCGUCUGCAACUUCUCAGUGGAGCACGAGAAUGCCCAGCCAAACAACAGAUGUGUUCGUGCUAAAAUCAACAUUGCGAUGAUCUGCCAGACGCUGGUCAGUCCACCAGAGGGAGACAAAGAGAUCAGCAGAGACAACAUCCUGUGCAAAAUCACAUACGUGGCCAACGUGAAUCCUGGUGGCUGGGCUCCUGCGUCUGUCCUGAGGGCCGUCGCGAAGAGAGAAUAUCCCAAAUUCCUCAAGCGCUUCACUUCCUACGUCCAGGAGAAAACUGCGGGAAAGCCCAUCCUCUUCUGAGCACCAGUUCUGCCGUGGGUGUGCCGGAGCGCCUCCAGUCCCACACACUUCCUCUAGCGACACAGAAGACUCAUAACUGGACUCAUAACUCCACAGGAAGCCCGGCAGCGGCGGCGGCGGCCCAUGGGUAGACGCUUGAUGCUGUUCUGUAGCGCCACACUAGCUCACACAGACAGAGGACUAGAGAUGCCAAACACCAAUGUCUGUCCCAUGUUUUCUGGCAGAGAUCUAUAUUGAUAUGAAUAUAUAUGUAUGUAUGUACGUAAGUUUAUAUAUAACGGAGAGUUUUGAAGCUGAACACAUGAGACCGGCUCUGUUUUAGUCUGUUUUUUUUCUGUUUUGAACAAACAUUUCAGCGUUGCUUUCGUUGUCCUCGUAUAAUUGUUCUUUGGGGAAAUCAAAGGCAUGUUUGUGAGUGAACUCUAUGAACCUGUCUUUCGUCUCGAUGUUGGCCGUCUCUCUUUUUAUGAAGCGCAGUAUCUGCCGCUGACGAGGAGGCGUUUCAUUUCUCUCUUAGUUAUAUCCGUGUCUCAGCAGCUGAUGUACCGUAGCACAAUUCCAGAUCGAUCGGAACCGGCAGAAAUUUUUAAUAUGUCAGAAAAGGUUUGCAUGCAGAUUAUUUGUAUAUAAUUUCAUUAUAGCUUCAGACCGUCAGUCGAUGCUUUUACCUGACUAAUCCGACUCCAUAUGCCUUAGUGUGUGUGUGUGUGUGUGUGAGACUGAGAGGUGUGUACCGACUCAAACAUUUCUAGAAAAGUGCCUCAUUAUUGAUCUUGCUGAUCGUACCGCCCACGUCCGUUAUAUCCGAACUACAGCCACAAACCAACCUGGCGUCCUGUAGUGGUUAUACAAAGAUCAUUUCAUAAUGAUUUCUUACCUCGAGUUAUUAUUUAAACAUGAUUUUGCAAUCAGACUGAGUCGUCAGAAGAGCAUCCUCUUAUUGGAGGAGCCCUGACGCCAAUCAAAUUCACUGUCCAAUAGGGAGAUGCGGUUCAAAUUUGGGGCGUAGAUGAUACGUAGCUGUAGAUCAGGUAGAAUUAGUUGCAUUUAUUUCUUUUUUCCUAAUGAAAUGUAUUCUUCUAAAGUGAAAAACUAAAUCUCAAGCAUUAAUAAACAAUCUUACAAGGCACAAACUGGCAAAUAUGUUCUUGCUCAGUAUUUUUGUCUCAUUUCCCAGUAAAAAUAUCUACAAAUUCUUGAAUCAAGAUACAUUUACUUGAGAAGCAAAAUUAAGAUAAGUCGUUUUCUUAAAGAAUUAUGCUUAAAUCAAGAGUCAGUGGCGUAUAUUAUUUUAUGCUUAAAAUAAGAAAACAAAAAUAUUCAGAUCUUUUUGUUUCCCCUUUGAAUUAAAUAUUUUUAGCCCACUGACUGAUAUUUUUCUUGAUUUAAGGGUGAUUUCACUUU